AUGAGUCACGUUUCAGGUUCAGCUCUUCGCUGUUCUUCAAGCUCUUCGAUGGUUCCCUCAUUACCAGAAGAUGCUAAGUCCCUCGACCCAUCAUCAGCAUACCCCUCGCCGACUUCUGUUACAUCACCCCAUGGAAGAAAUAUUCCCACUACGAUCGGCCUGGGCAUUUCAAGAUGCGAAUUAGAUCCGUCGUUUGAUAAUAUGAGGGGAUUCCCUAGUCAAUCACCGUUGUCAAUGGCGUCCCCAAUGUCGAGUCACUCUACACACGAGCACACUAGUAUCUAUGGGCUCCCUGUGAAACAGAGCGCCUUCCCGGAACCAUCUUGCUAUGGAAUCUACAACGGGCUACCUGGAGUCACCCCACCAGCACUUAGAUAUUGUGAACCACAAAGUCUGGGCACACCCCCGAGCUACGGCUCUUCUAUCGAGAACGCACCACUUCAACCGGCUUUUUCUGGGCAGGUAUCGGAAUACUGGACGCCUGCAACUUGCCCAGGACCCGCAACUCCGUCGAACAUGGGUCAAAUCCCAGCAGGUGGCCCAGCCGGGCGUUACUGGAGCCAUCAAUACACCACGGAGACAUGUGAUUCGAUGGAUUCUUCAGCUACAACACUUUCAUGUGGCCUUCCUAUGCUGGGAAACUCUUUUCCUUCCUCAACUGCCAUGGCACCGAGCAAUGGAGCGAUGUCUUCCAGGAAACUUUUGGACCCUUCCUUAACAUUAUCCCAGCAUGAGGGUCUCAAGUCCGAAAAUAACAAUAUGGAAAAAGGCCAAGAUGUCUCUCGACGACCCGGUUCUUCAUCUCCCAGCCGAAAGUUACGCUCUAGUAAAGGGUAUGCAUGCCGCAUUUGUGGCAAUACUUUUACUAGACGAUCCAACUGCGCCGAGCACGAGAAGAAACAUGAUCCUAAUAAUAAACGAUCUUUCCCAUGUGACGAAUGUCACAAGACUUUCGGUCGAAAUGCCGACCUCAAGAGACAUACGGAUACUGUGAGCGAAGUUGCUGGCCUUAUUCCGCGGUAG